AUGGCAAAUCAAGAAAUUACAUUUACAAUAACAAAAAUUAAUAAUACUGGUGAUAAUGGUCUCGAAAUUGAAGUUAAUAGUUUAGAAUUUCCGACGGGCAAGGGUAAUGAAAAGGCUGAAAUUAAAAAAAUAUUUUUCGUGGGACAGGAAAGUAGUCAAUUUAAAACUGCUUUUCAAAGUGGUAAAACUUUUCAAGUGACUUUUAACAAUUGUAAAAUAGAGGAUGAGAGAGGACCGAAAAUGAUGCAUGGUGCCGUCAUGAUUAGUGAUAAACCUAAAAAAAUGCCGGAUGUGUUAGUUUUGAAGGAAAAUAAUGGGUUGGAAGUAGUUUGUAAUAAUAAUGAUACUAUUCAAGUAGAGGAAAAAACCGGAGGAGCGGGUAAUAGUUGGCAAAGUGCCGACAAUAGAAACCUA